AUGAAAACGUCAUUGUCCUGGUUAUCCUGCACAAGAUAUUGUCCACCACGAAUUCCUAUACAAAAGGAAAAUGGUCUAAAAAAGCGCCGCGUUGGACGCCAAGCACGAAUCCCGUUUACCAGCGAACAAUUGAAGACGUUGGAGGACUAUUUUCAAAAGACUCCCUAUUUAAAUGCAGUUGAAGUCAAACAAAUUUCAUCUGCCUUACAUCUUGGAGAGAACAGGGUGAAGAUAUGGUUUCAAAAUCGAAGGGCACGAGAGAGACGAGAAAGGUAUGGGAACUACGAACGUCCAGAAAUGACUAAAGACAAUAUUAUUCCGAUACCAGCCACUAUUGAGCCGACCAGUUCAUCAUUAUUGUCGGAAUCAACGCCAUCAACGUCGAGAACGAAUAUGAGUAUUAACAAUAUUACUUACGAAUCACGUAAUGGAGUUUCCUCUUCUGAUACGGCCAGUUUAUCACAUUAUUCGUUGGUAUACACUUCUGAGCAGCCUUCAUCUCAUCAGACACUCAACUUUACUGAUGAAACUCGUACAACUUUCUCCAAAUAUUCGCGUAUUGAACACCCUAUAUAGUAAUAUUUUAGACUAUAAGUAAAUAGUUU